ACACUAAUUGUUGAUAAGUUCAUAGACACAGACAAAAAGGGCUCCGAAGGAGCACGAUCGACCUUCUAGUCUAACUAGUUCAGUUUCUGCUACUACUCGAUCGAUCUUCGUUUUAUCCAAACUCAUCACUCCUCGAUAGUUGUGAGUUCAGAGGAGGAUAUAAGAUCCUAAAUUGCCUUCAGUUAUGGAGCACAACUACUCCAACGAUGGGGCAUCGGAGACGAGGUUAAGUAUUCAAGAUUGGAAUCAUCAGGAUUUGGAGGGGAAAUCAAAGAGUCUUUUCAAAGCCUAUUUCAUUUCUGGUCGGAGAUAUGGUCCAGGGGAUGCGAUAUUUGUAGUGUCCUGUGCUGUUGGUUUCUUUGUAGAUCCUUUCUUCUUCUACAUUUGGAACAUCAACGACGAUAUCAAGUGUCUAAGCACAGAUAGCAGGUUGAGGAUGUUAUUUCUUGUUUUACGAUCUGUUGUAGAUUUCUUCUAUGUAGCGGCCUAUAUGCGAAAUUGUGGCAGACGUAAUUCCAGCGACACAUCUUGGUUCAUUCAACUAUUUCGCUUUAUCGGAGCUGUUGAUGUUACUUCUCCCAUCCCACAGGUAGUUUUGCUGUCCAAUGGCGCAUUUUCUGUUCUUUCGUCUGCUAGUCUAAUGCUUUUACUUGUCCAAUAUGUUCUACGGAUUAGUCACAUCUACGAAUGGGUCAAGCAUAUUAACAUCGACACUCGUAUAGGAAGAUUGGUUAAAGGGGUAUUGGAUUUUUGUCCUUUCAUCCUUACUGCUCAUUUAUUCGGAGCCAUGUGGUACUUUUUGGCUAUUAAAAGAGAGACAAGGUGUUGGCUGAAAGCCUGUCAAAAUGUUGAAGGAUGUUAUCUUGCAACUGAUCAUGAUUUUUCCUGCGGCAGAAAUGGGUUUAAAGUGAAUAAUAUCACCAUUGUAAACAGAUUAUGCCCUACAAAUCCAUCAAAUGCAUCGGCGUUGGACUUUGGUAUAUAUCUUGAUGUUAUUAAGUUUGGUACAACGAGGACAACAAAUUGCGGACCAAAGCUAUUGCAAUGCUUCUCAUGGGGUUUGCGAAAUUUGAGUUCUUUAGGUUCAAACCUGGAGCCGAGUAAGCAUGAAUGGGACAACAUAUUUGCGAUUUUCAUUUCUAUAAGCGGCAUAAUACUAUUUUUGAUAUAUCUCAACGAAAAUCUGCAGGUUGGUGUUAAUUUUUUAUACAAAAUGUUCUCUCUAGACUCUAGUUAUUAACCUCAAAGCUUCUCCCGCCCAUAUGUAGAUAAACAAAUCUUUGCUUUCUUGUUGUGAUGCAACGUCUAUUAACAUGUUGAAAUCUCUUCUUACGUCUCUUGAUUGAGAAAGUCUAGAAUACAUUAAUGUAUAUGUACAUCAAUUAACCAUGGUAAACCAACUCCAUAUAGCCAUAGAUAAAGCUCCAUCAGUUGUAGACUAGCUUGAAACUAAGCUAAUCUAGUUUACCACUGCAUGGAGUCAGUCU